CCCUCUCACCCCCCGUAGAGAUUCCCACGCCUCACACGCGUUAAUUUUUCCAUCCUCUACGCGUCGCAGCGUUAUACUCUACUGCUCAUCGGUUCAUUUCAACCCUUUCGUCGGCUGUAGAAGAUGUCGUUCUUGCCUACUCGCCAGGUUACAUUCGGGCGCUCGAAUGUGCCACAACAUCAAGUGAACUUCCAGGCGCAGCAGCAGUUCCAGCAGCAGCAGGCGCAGCAAAAUCAACAGCAGCAGCAGCCCAACUUCGGGCUUGCGCUGCCGUCGUCGGGGCCCCAGCUGCCUCUACCCAAUCUAUCCCUUCCCGGCCCUACCCCAUCCAUCCCGCCACAGCCGCAUCAGCCCCGCCAGCCCUCUCCUCUGCGAUCGCAGUUCUCGCCUUCGGAUUCGCAGUCGCAAACCGUUGCGCCGUCGCAGACGAACGCUGUUGCGGGGCCGUCGACGCCGACGGUCCCGGCUACUCCUGCACCUCUCACCCUCGAGCAGCAGCACAUCACUGCCGUCGAGGGCAUCGUUCCUACCCUCCAAAACAUCGUGGCCACCGUCAACCUUGACUGUCGUCUUGAUCUGAAGACGAUUGCCCUGCACGCUAGGAAUGCGGAGUACAAUCCUAAGCGUUUCGCCGCUGUGAUCAUGCGGAUACGUGACCCCAAGACCACUGCCCUGAUCUUUGCGUCGGGCAAGAUGGUCGUGACGGGUGCCAAGUCGGAAGAUGACUCCCGUCUGGCGUCGCGCAAGUACGCUCGGAUUAUCCAGAAGCUUGGCUUCGACGCCAAGUUCUCCGAGUUCAAGAUCCAGAACAUCGUGGGCAGCUGCGAUGUCAAGUUCCCUAUCCGCUUGGAGGGUCUGGCAUACAGCCAUGGUCAGUUCAGCAGUUACGAGCCUGAGCUGUUCCCCGGCUUGAUUUACCGCAUGAUUAAGCCCAAGGUCGUGCUGCUGGUCUUCGUUUCUGGGAAGAUUGUCUUGACCGGAGCUAAGGUUCGAGAGGAGAUCUACACGGCGUUCAACACGAUAUAUACGGUUUUGUGCGAAUUCCGCAAGCCGUGAUCGCCUGCGCUGCUCCUGUCCCCAGCGCACCCCAUGUCUUCCCUUAUGUUUCCUAUACCCACUGUCACGAUCCCAUACCCACCAAGGACCAUCGACCAUCUCUUCUCGUUCUGUUGCCUGUGUCUUGUGUCACGUUUGGGGGUUGAUGUGUGUCUUGGGUGGCAGUUGGGAUUGGGCGGUGGCGUAAAAUCUUUUGACGAGUCCGAGGGGCAUCAGGUGGAUGAGCGGACGUAGCGCACGGUUGAUGCUUGUUCUUCUCCCUCGAUCGGUUUACUCUAGAUUAUUUCUGUUUAUCGUCUCUUAAUUGUGUGCAAUAGUGGGACUGUGCAAUAAACCUGUACAUCAGAGCAACAGUAAUUAAUACAUACGCCAUCAUCUCAAACGUUUACGUGCAGGUUUGUGGCGUUCAUACGGC